CAUACACGGCGCGUACAAGAGCACGCGCGCGCAUGCACGUUGAUCCACGCUCGUCACAAGACGCGCGAGGGGGGAACGAGAUGGUGCGAGACGCGCGCAUAUCGCCGAUUGUUAUCGUCGCGCGCUGAAUGCUCGCGGAUUCCUUUGUGCCCGUUCACGCGAUAAGCGACAACGCUCUCGCGGGGGGAUGACGCCGUCAGUCCGAGGCGUUCGCCCGCUGCUGUGUAUCGCCUGCGAGUCUCCCGCGGGGGAAGGAGGAAUGUGAGCCGCGAACACGUCGGCUCUCCUAAUCUCGCGAUUGAUCACGGAGAAGUCGAUGGUGUCCGGCUGCCUUCCCGACGCGCGAUACAAAAACACGUUUUUGCGAUAACGCGCGGCGCUUCUCGGAAGAUCGAGGAGGAGGAUCCGGAUCUGCAUGCCGGAUCUGUGUUUAUCGAAUUAAAGAGAGGAAAAAAAAAGGUUUUCCCCGGAAUGAAUUGCGCGACUACGACGGCGACGAAGCGCGAGCAUCACCGUCAGCUGCGAGUGGGCGAUACGCACGGUUUGUGAAUGAAAGUUUUCCCUUAAGCGCCCGGCGACGAUGACAUCGGCUCGCAAUUGUUGUCACGAUCGUGCGAAUAUUUGCGCAACUGCGCAAAUAAAUUAGUAAACGCGGGCUAAUGGACAGAUGCAUCGGUGGCGAACCAGCUCGGUCUUAACAAGUGGGAGACGGGUGAGAAUGAAAUCAGAUCCAUUCCUUUGAAUCAGAGAUUGCAUUUUAUAUCGGAUGUGCUCAUAUAUACAAUUUGCUUCUUUACCAAUUUUAUUUGACUAAAAAGUAAAAGAAGAGGAAAGGAAACAUGUGCUCAGCAAAGAUUAGCUACCAUAUUGUGAGUAACAAGUUUAAUAUAUGAGUUUAGAAAUGGGUUUGAAGAGUUUAUUGAAACAUUCUGUUGACCAGAAGGCAGUAAUAUAAAAUAUUAUAUCAUGCAUUUAUAAAAAUAAAAAUGAAUGUGAAGGAGACCACAAUUUAUAUUCAAGCAUUUAUAAUAUUGAGUUGAGUUACAAUUUAUAUAUCAUGGUGCAGCAGCGACUUCCCAGUUUUGAUAUUUUUUACACAGGUGGUAGGAGUGGACGACGAUUUAUAUUGACACUCGCUGCUGGAAUGGUUUUCGGCUUUUUAUCAGCAUGCCUGCUCAUUACAUCCACGAGAGAUGUACCACAUAUGUUUAAUUGGAUUCCAGGUGGUUCUAGCCUUUCUAGAGAUCCUCAUCAUUAUUCGGAACUAGAAUCAGAGAUUGGCCCUGAAACAGAGGUUAAAUUUCAUGGCGAUGAUGAGGAUUUCCACAAAGGAGAGGAUAGAAUAGCUCAGGAUAUGGCGAAAAAAGUGCGUGUUCUUUGCUGGAUUAUGACUGGUCCAAAGAAUCAUCAGAGCAAGGCUCGACAUGUGAAAGCGACAUGGGGGAAACGCUGCAAUGUACUUCUUUUCAUGAGUUCUGCAGCAGACACCAGCUUGCCCACUGUUGUGCUGCCAGUAAAAGAAGGUAGAGAUAAUUUGUGGGCUAAGACCAAAGAAGCGUUUAAAUACGCUUAUGAGAAGUACAAAGACAAAGUAGAUUGGUUCAUGAAAGCUGAUGAUGAUACAUAUGUUGUAGUGGAGAAUUUGCGAUACAUGUUAUCGUCAUAUAAUCCAAAUUCGUCGUUAUACUUUGGAUGCAGAUUUAAACCUUUCGUAAAGCAAGGUUACAUGAGCGGUGGCGCGGGAUAUGUACUUAGUAAGGAAGGCUUGCGCAAGUUCGUGGAGGAGGGCUUACCUGAUAAGGCCAAGUGUCGACCGGAUAAUGGCGGUGCAGAGGACGUAGAGAUGGGAAAAUGUCUUGAAAAAAUUGGCGUACGUGCGAUGGACACCAGGGAUCCUCACGGACGCGGUAGAUUCUUUCCGUUCGUGCCGGAGCACCACUUGAUACCAAAUCACGUAGACAAGAAUUUCUGGUAUUGGAAGUAUAUAUAUUACGAUACCAAGGAUGGCUUGAACUGCUGUUCGGACAGUGCUGUUUCAUUCCACUACGUGUCACCGAAUAUGAUGUACGUUCUGGAGUAUCUUAUUUAUCAUUUAAGGCCAUAUGGCAUUAAUCACAGUCUGGAGAGAGCCUCUCCAGAUCGACCGUCAACGUUGACCGAAUACUAGUCCAUACACUGUCGUAAAUAGAUCAUAAGGUUCUACAAUUCUUAUUUUAUACAUGAUACUAGUCCAUUGGAGCCAACGAUAUAAGUGUAAUAUAUUCUCAGCGGAUGAAAAGUGUGAUACAUCGUACUUCUUAAAUACAUGAAGUCUUUAUACGUAUCUAUGUAUUAAAGUCACCAUGGCCAUAAUGGAUAUAACUAUUGUUUAUAGAAUAGAAAGGAUAGACAGAUAGUGCAAGCACAAUAGAUAUACGUUGUGAUGAUUCAGAAUUUCGUUUUUGUAGAACGUUAAAUGUUCAUUUUGUAAGAUGUAAUAAAUUCUCAAGUGUCAAACUCUUAUUAAAUAAAAUAUAUGGUUCACAGAAA